AUGCCCCAAUCUAGCACCAAUCUUAAGACGACCGACUACGGAGCCACCGCCGCUCCUGCCCCUGCUGCAACCUCCUCGUCCGCAAAGCCACCUGCCGCCUCUCGGAUUGAGCCUAAAGUAUGGCUAGCGAACGAACGAACAUGGUUGAAUUGGUGCCGGACUGGUGUCUUGUUGGGCUCGUUUGGAGUCGCCCUUAUUAAUUCAUCUCCUUCUCUAGGCGCACGGGCGAUGGGGGUCGUUUAUGCCGCCAUCGCAAUCGGGACAAUAGGAUAUGGACACCAUCUUUACAAAAAACGCAUCAGGUUGAUUAAAGAAAAAUAUUCGGGUCAUUUCGACGAAGUAAUCGCUCCUCUUAUCAUCUCAGGAUCACUCUUCCUGGCCAUUCUCGUCAAUUUUAUUCUCCGGGCCAUAGACAAUGAACGACAUAAGCCUUCGAAUGAUAUGCCGAAAGCGCCCUGGAUUGCUGCCCCAGCCUCGACUAAGUUCCCCCCACUCUAA